UUUAUAGGUAAUUAUUUUGUGAUUGUACUGGUCCGGUUUCUAUGCGUCCCCUUAAAUAAAAGGAGUUUGACAGACCUGGUCUGAACUACGAUGUUGAACACAUGCUGGAAAAUGCUGAUGAUGGAGAUGAAAAUAAGGAGGUAGAGGAGGAGAGCUGAUGAGGAGGGGGAGGGUCUGUGUCUGCUCUCCAUGCAGCCUCCACAGCUUCAGGGCGGGGCGACACCGUUCGGCAGCGGCAGCAGCAGCAGCUCCAUCUCCGAUCCGACACCGACCUCCUGCUCGUCCUCAGGCCAGGACAUGUAGCCCGCAGUCUGGUCUGUUCCCUCAGAAACACCGCGAAGCUGCGGCGGAGCCACUGGACUCUGACGAUCGUGGAGAUGAAGAUGACGAUGAUGACGAAGAGGAGCAGUUAGGAACAAAGCGCAAACUGAGCGAGUGAAUGUGAUGCAGCAGAAAAAGCCUCGCCAUUGUUUGGAUGCGCAGCAGACUGGUGGGAGGAGGUGGAGGAGGAGCAGGAGGAGGCCGACGAUCAGCAUGCUGUCCCCGGCUCCGCGGCUGCUGCUCGGCGCGGCACUGCUCUGCUGGGUUCAGACGUCCCUGUCAAUCCAGGUGUCUCUGAACGAAGACGGUUUGAUCGUGGCAGCUCUGGAGAACAGUGACCUGCGGGACAACGUCACAGCAUACGGGGCUCAGCUCUCCGGAGAACCUCGGUUCCUGGUGUACGAGUUCACCAACGGCAGUGAACCGUUGCUCAUUAACACAUCCUUCCACGGUCUGUGCUACAGUGUGGGACUGGUCCUGAGGCAAGGACUCACGUGGACAAAACCACUGAAAUCUGUACCUGUUCUCACAAAGCCACUUCCCGUCACCAGUGCCCAGAUCCUAGACUAUAAAGAGUCUCCAGAGACGGGAGUCGUGUUUCAAAUUGAAUCUCCGAGAGGAAACGUCUUCAGCAGAGUCAACAUCAGCUUCACUGAAGGACAGGAGAGACGAUACAUGCUGUAUAAAGAUUUCUUCCAGGGAAAGACAGUUUUCAAACACUGGUUGCCGGGUGUCUGUUAUCAGAACGUCACCUUUCAGCUUAUCUCCGAGGCAACGGUGUCACAGACGCCGCUGGUGACGCACAGUGAUGUCACCCACUCACCUGCUCAUCACAGAAUGGUGCCCCUUCCUCCUCUCAACAUUUCCCAUAAGAUCGUACACCUGAAGCAGGGGGUGGGCCCAGGUGAUACAUCGGACGCGGAUGUUCUCCAGACCAACCAGGAGAACGCUCGGUCCUCUCGUCAAGCCCGGGAAAUCUCUCAGAUGCAGGAGCAGGAAGAGGAGACCACAUCAGAGGAGGCGUUGGAGGCCUACACUCAGGUUCCCUUUCACGCAACGGAACCUGCUGCCACUGAGGCAGACGUUCUCCUGAAGGAAAACCAGACCAUGGAGGCAGACUCUCAGAGCGACUGGUCUAAUCCGACCACAUCUCCAAGUAACGCGGAGGACGAGGAGUUUGUCAACACUGUUGUGCCUGAGUACGAAGACUCCAACGAGCCCGGGUCGGCCAUGAACCUCCCAGAAGAGGCUGCUAUCCUGCCCACCAAGUUGCCACCGAUCCUGCUAGAGCUGCGAUGGUUGCCGCCCAGACCCCCCACCAGCUACGAUGGCUUCAACAUCUACAUCUACAGAGACGGAAACUCCACAGAGACGGCAACCGUGGAUGAAAACACUCACGAGUUUUUCACAGAGCUCACUGAUCCAGGAACGUACCACGUCCAUGUGACCACGCUGAGCUCAGCCGGCGAGUGUGAGGCGAGAGAGAGCAGCGCAGACACAGGAUUUACCUUUUACCUCAGUCCUGAUGGUGAGCUGAUGGAGGAGCUGAGAGAACGUCCUCAGGGUGUCAGCGUCCGUCUUAAAGACUCCAGUACCGCUGCCGUGUCCUGGAGCCCGUCUUCUGAGAACCACAACGGGAGCCUGGUCUCCGUCAUUUCUACCACCUGUCUGAGACCCAGCGUGAGACAGAGGAUGGAGAUCACCUACUGCAGUGAGGAAAACACGACGAGUGAGAGUAUUAGUCACCUGACUCCAGGAGCUCAGUACAGGGUCGUGGUCUAUCACACUAACGGUCCUCUGAUCAGUCCGCCGUCUGAGCCCGUCAUCAUUGACAUCGAGCCCACCGGUGUGCGGGACCUCGCCGUUUACCCUCUGAGUCCAACGGCGGUGAUUCUGAGCUGGCAGCGUCCGUAUCACGUGGCCUUCAGGAUGUACGUCCUGCAGACCUUCUUUUUCAACCCCGUCACGUUGACAUCAGAGUGGACGACCUACUACGAGAUCGCAGCUACGGCCUCCAUCAUUGCAUCAGUGAGAAUGACCGACCUGCUUCCAGCCUGGUAUUACAACUUCCGUGUUACCAUGUUGACGUGGGGAGACCCUCCUCUCAGCUGCUGCGACAGCUCCACCGUGAGCUUCGUCACAGCUCCCGAGGCUCCUCACAUCACCUCCGUGGACUACUCUCAGGGCCUCCUCUAUGUUCACUGGACAUACGGUGAGCUCUUCAUCGACCUGUCACACUCCAGGAUAAUGCACUGGCAGGUGGUGGCCGUGGGGAAGAAAGGAGCAGAGAGGAGCUACUCUGUGGACGUGACCAGGAAAGCCAUGCGGGCGGGUCUCCUUCUCCCUCCGGGUGAUAUUUAUAACCUGACUGUGACGGCGUUUACGGAACGCAGCAAGAAUACGUCCACACCAAACAUCAUCAAACUUGAUCCAGCUCCACCCAGAUCUCUGUUUGCUGUCAACACAACCUACUCAUCUGUGACUCUGCUGUGGAGCGAGGAGGGUGUGGUCGACUACUACCAGGUGGUGUGUCGGUCGAGCGCUGCUUCUAAUCAAAAUCCUCUUUUUUUUUCUGUUUCGCUUCUCCAGGCGCGAGAGCCUCAGAUGGUGAGCUCACACAUAGUGACCGUGUCUGGUUUGUUGCCGUCUUCCACCUACAACUGCAGCGUUACCAGCUUCAGCUACAGCACACCCAGCAAGCCUGCUCACAUUUCCAUCACCACUGCAGCUAAAGAGAUGAACCCCAGUGUGGCAGCCAUCUCGGCUCUUGCCGUCCUCAGCGUCCUGCUGGUCAGUUUGCUCGUCCUCUUCCUGCUCAUCUUGCGCAAGAAACACCUACAGAUAUCAAGAGAAUGUGGAGCCGAAACGUUUGUCAACUUCGCGUCAUUCGAGAGAGACGGGAAACUUCCCUACAACUGGCGAAGAAGCCUCUUUGCCUUCCUUACCCUACUGCCAUCCUGCCUUUGGACUGACUAUCUUUUGGCUUUUUAUAUUAAUCCUUGGAGCAAGACAGCUUUAAAGAAACGGAGACUAACAAGUCCGGUUCAGCUGGAUGACUUCGAGGCCUACUUUAAAGAAAUGAGCAAAGACUCGGCCUACAAAUUCUCCCUGCAGUUUGAGGAGUUGAAGAGUGUUGGUUUGGAUCUUACCCAUGAUGCAGCAGAUCUUCCGGUCAACAGACCCAAGAACAGAUACACCAACAUCCUUCCCUACGACUUCAGUCGAGUCAAACUGAUCUCCAUGCACAACGAUGAAGGAGCUGAUUACAUCAACGCCAACUACAUACCAGGUUACAAACACUCAAAAGAAUACAUCGCCACCCAGGGUCCACUGCCUGAGACACGAAACGACUUCUGGAAGAUGGUUCUGCAGCAGAAAUCUCCCAUCGUGGUGAUGUUGACGCAGUGUAACGAGAGGCGGAGGGUGAAGUGCGACCACUACUGGCCGUUUACAGACGAGCCUGUCAUGUAUGGAGAAAUCAGCGUGGAGAUGCUCACAGAGACUGAGUCUCCAGAGUGGACCAUCAGGAAGUUUAGACUGGGAUACGCUGAUGAGAGUUGUGACGUCCUCCAUCUGAACUACACCUCGUGGCCCGAUCACGGCGUUCCCACGGUCAACGCCAUCGAGAGCAUCCUGCAGUUUGUCCAUAUCGUCCGUCAACAGGCAAACAGGACCAAAGAUCCGAUCAUCGUCCACUGCAGCGCUGGAGUCGGCAGGACUGGGACAUUCAUUGCUCUGGACCGUCUCAUGCAGCACAUCAGAGAACACGAGUAUGCAGACAUUUUGGGGAUGGUUUCGGAGAUGAGGUCACACCGUCUUUCCAUGGUCCAGACUGAGGAACAGUACGUGUUCAUCCACCAGUGCGUCCUGCUGAUGUGGCAGAAGAAGAAACAGCAGUCCAUCACCUCUGGCGUCAUCUACGAGAACGCCAGUAAGACAUAAGGACACGCCUCCAGACGUUCUCUGAUACAUCCACCGUCCAGACCCCAGGUGUCUGUUUCCAGCAGAGGAGGAAGGGGCACUGCUUCAUCGUCAGAAUCAACAAACCAAUCUCCCGAAACGUUGACAACACCAGUAAAAUAAAAACCAGUUUUUGUUUGACCCAGACUGAGAACCCAUGAGCGCUGGGUGCUGAUUGAACGCAAUUCUUUUUUUGUAUUUUUUAAUCUCAGGAGUUAUGCGCCGUCCUCUUUCUCUGUUUUGACAUCAUCAGUAUUAGUCACAUGUUGCUGCUUCAUCUCAUGGUCUUUGUUUGGCCGCAGAUAUCGACACUCCACUGCCAAACGUAGAAAAACAAAAAGAUUUUAGAAAUCACGCCUGCUCCAGUGUGAUGAUUCACUGCCAGGAGGCCAGUACGGAACACACAUCAGUCCAGUGAACACCAGACGUUCUUUUAGGUUUGACAUUUUGGAGGUCAGUUCAGCUCCCCCUACAGGUAAAACGUGAGCCUUCAGGUUCCACGAUCAAAUGUCUGCACAAGAACCUAAGGCACAAGAGGAGUUUCGAUCAGAGCAACUGAGGCCCUCAGCUGUUGCGGAGGAUGGAAUUUCGUUUUGUUGCUGCUGAUUCUGCUUCUCUUUGUCAACAAUGAGAACGUUUCAAUUUCCUUCUGUCCAGGACGGAGACCAACUGCAGGCGAACAAGGAGAGUUCUCACCUCUCUACAAUCGGCAGAUCGACAGAUCAUGUCUGACAGUAAAAGACUGAAUUAGUUCAUCUGUCAAAACCAGAAUUUAAAUAAUUAACAACAGAUUACAACUAUUUUAGACUUUGACAGUUGCUCAUAUUUACAGUCACUGAUUUUGUGCUGAUGCCCCAAUUUAUUCUGGCUUCACAAAAUUUGGUACAAUUUCUAUGAAAUGGUCUAAAGCAGAUGUUUCAAACUUCCAGCCCAUGGGCCACUUCUGGCCCACGAAACCCCCAAAACUGGUCUGCACACUGGUCUGCAUCUAGAUGUCAAUAAUGAUUUGAUGUUGCUUUGAUUUUUUUUAAAUGUUAUUUUCAAUUGGUUUUCUUCGUUUAUCCAUUAGUUACUCACUACAAAUUACUCAUUUGCGCUGUUGUAUUAUACAGUAUUUUAUAAAAGUCCUUUUUAUUUUUCAAUGUGUUAUUUGCAUUGUAAUGCAUUCAUUGUAAUCAACCUGUCCAGCCCAUAAUGUUACUUUAUUUAAUGUCCUGCAGCGUUGAAGACAUUAACUUGGUUUUAGAACAUUUUAAGGUUAGGCAUUUAGCAAAAAAAAGUAAACUUAAGAAACAUUGAUUCUACAUUUUAAAAAAUAUGAUUAAUAAUGAUUGAUUUUUGAACAUCAAUAAUAUACCAAUAUAUUUUAUUUUAUUUAAUUUUUAUUGGGGUCAAAUUUGUUACUUUUUAUUUAAAAACAAUUCAGACCAAAUUGGAACAUUUUGAUCAAAACAGUGACUUUUGUUAAAUAAUGAACUGAAACAACAUCAGUAUUAACAUGAGGUUUGACCUGGGUUAAGAUUUGACCUUAGUUUAGAUUUGACCUGGGUUUAGGUUUGAUCAGGGUUUAGGUUUUUGAUUAUUAAAAUCGUGACUCUCUGACAAACAGAAGGCCGUUCAUCUCUUCUGUGAUGAAUCACGUCUGCCUCUCUGAUCAUAUCCAGCUUCAUGAGGAUCAUUUUAAUCCUUUCACUUUUUUUCUACUGAAGAUUUUUGAGAACAGAAAGUCUUUGUCUCUUUCACUGUAGACGGCGUAGCUGAACAGACGAGCGGUCGACCGGAGGCCAAAGGUUGAAAUCUAACUUUUUCGCUUCAUUCUACAUGUUGUCGUCAAAGUAAAAGCACAGGUUGUUCUCAAAAUAAAAGCACAAAGUACACAAACUGCAUUAAGUGAAGGAAGAGGAGCAAAGAAUGAUUUUUUUUUAACCUCAAAUUAAAUUAUUAAAAUUUUGAAUAUGCUACCAUUGUACCACUAAAAGACCAUAAAUUAAUAUAAUCUAAUAAAAAACAAAGAGAUAACACUGAAUGCUACUGAAAUAGUAAAUCAGAAAUCUACUCCAGCAUGACAUUUAUCUGAUCAGUUUUUCUAAGGAAAUUAUUCAAAUAGUAGAAAAAAAGGAUCAAAUGUAGCCACUGUGCCUGUACCAGUAAAAGUGUCCAAAUAUUUGGACUGUCAAAUUCCAAAAUUGAAAAAAAAAAAAAGUUUAGCUCUGUCAUGUCACACUGGGGUUGGUGCAGUUACUGCUUCUGUGUGACCUUAAAAAGUUUAUGAAUUAAAAUGUUGGCUAAUGAAGUAGAAUAAAUAGUAAAAAUUUAUAUUGCAUGCCAACUGUCAAGUGUGGUUGUCAUUCUCGGAUAUUUGUAAAUGGUGGCAUUUCUAGAAGAAUCUUAAUUGUUAAAUUUGAGAAGCAAACACUUGUUUUGAAAGUGUUUUUAAAUGUAUAAAAAGGAAGUUGAAUUGAGGAAUUCUGGUAGACACAGGGUUCUACCUGUACUGCAGUCAUUCUGUUUCUGGCGUUCAGGAUUAGCAGGAACACGCAGCACUUUAUGUCAUUUGGAUUAUCCACGAUGUGGUGCUGUGACAGUGUGACUGGUUGAUUUCUUUAUUCGUUUUUAUGUCAUUAACGUUGUCCAUAAAUUCCGAUCAGAAAUGUCUGAAAAGUAAACCAGUUCAUCGUCUCUGUAAUAUUUCCUUAAGAGAUUUUGAUGUUUAAAGAAUUCAAUGCAAACAUUCGCAAAAAAAAAAACCCAAGGAAAUGUUUUUCCGAUCUGAUUCAUGUUGACCAAAAUACAAAUUCCUAGGAAAAUGUUUACAGACAGGACUUUAGAAUGUGCUGUUGAUUCACUUUGAACCAUCUGUGGCCAAUGACCUUCAGAACUUCACGAUGCUGUUCACAAUGUUAAAAGCUGAUCUCUGUUAUUUUGACGACACCUUGUCUCCAAACUGUAGAAAAUCAUUUGAAAACAAAUGAGCGUCUGAAGCUUCAGUGUUGACUUGUGACAUCCUUCAUCUAUGUGGCCUUGUGGUUCUAACACCAAAACUCUGUUAUCUGUUCCUCGUCCUGGACCCCCCGACGGUUCGGUUCUUUGGUUCCCCGCUGCUCGAUUUAAGAAAGUUACAAACGGCUCUUUGUUAUCAAAUGUACUGUACAUAUGCUACUGACUUACUACUGCUUCUUCUGUUUCUACUGGUCGCUGCAGAACAAUUCCUGUGGUUUGUUUCUUUAAGAAAAGUUGUGUGUUUGGGUCGUCACCGUACCCUGAGCCAGAAGACCUUCCUUCGCUCAUCUCUGCAGCGCUCCACUUUACUGGCCGUCAUCAUUGUAGACAUCAACGGUGGACAUUUGAAAACUCUGCUGCAUCACUUGACUAUAGAGAACUCAUCAAUGCACUUUGGCACAACAGUUAGAAAAAAAAAUCUACAGGAAAAGAAAAAAAAAAA